CUUGUUUCGGUUUCUGUGCGUAUACACGGUGGGUGUAUAUUUUCCUACAAAUUGGCAAGCUAGACAAAACUUAUUUGUUUGUGUUACAUUCAAAUUUGUUCAGGUGUUAAACUGCGCAGAUUAAACAUGACAAUGUGCACAUAUUUUGGCACUUUAAAAUUAAUCAUCAUGAUCAUUUUGUGGACUUCAAUUUGUUUACAAGAUGCACAGGCUAUACGAAAUCGCUUCGAAGUCGUACAAAGGUGUCCCUUUAAUGAGUCAGAAUGGAAAGUGAGGGCUGCCCACACGACGUGUAACGGUUCGGAGUCCUACCAUUGCUUACUGACCGAGGGCGGAGUCUCACUGAGGGAGCAAUGUACAGAUGCCAGCCUGUUUACAAGCGGAUUCUGUCCGAUCUUUACUAACGAGGGAUAUUUACAGUGGUCCGCUUGUAAAGACACAGCUUGUCCAACCUCAUCGUACAGGAGUGAUGAAGUGUACCAAUAUCAAAUAUGUUAUCAGAAAACUGACAAUCCAAUAGAGAAAAAUACAGAAAAAGGGUCAAAUGACAGCAGUUCUGUGACUGUAGUAACAAUAAUCAUAGUUGCUAUUUUAUUGACUUUCGUGUUGGUAUCAGUAUUGGUUUCCUACAGAAAGAACCUGUUUGGAUUCAAAGAUAAAGUCCAACCAUGCAUUGUUGACUUACGAACAUAUUUCCAGCAAAGAAAUGAUACAGAAGGUCCCAAAGAUGUAAAAAGAGGUGAACAACCUGAACAAAUACACCCGCUGAUAUCUCAAGAGCCAGUGUAUGCUAAACCUUCCAAGAAUAAAACAAAAAAAGAGCCAGUAUAUCCUAAGCCUGUUAUAUGCUAUGAAAAGGAUAAAACGACGAGAGGCAAACAUGAUGAGACAUGUCAGAAAACAUGUAAAUUGAACGACCUUCUAAAUUAUUUAGUUCACAUAUUGAAACGAGAACUUAGUGUCAAUGAUCUGAAAGAGAACGCUGUUAUUCAUUCAAAAUCUAUCAAUGAACAUUUCUCUGAACCACUCAUAAAAGACCUUCAGAGUCUAAAAGACAUCAAUGAUUAUAGCCAAUUGGAUACGUCCUUGGUAUUAACAUUCCUACGGAACUUCUGUGUUGGUAUAACGACCCCAAGAAGAGGAUGGGAUUAUGAACCUCCGGAUGAUGAAACACAUGUUGGUGCAGACAUUGAAAGAAUAAGAUUUAUGUGGAACAAGUAUUGUGAUGAUGACUUUGAAUUUAAACACCUUGAUGAUGUUUAUAACCGAAUGAAACAAAAGUAUGGAACUGUAGCAAUUCAUGGAGAUGAUGGUGUUAAAGACUCUCCACUUGAAUACAAAGAGAACGCAGAGCGAUUGGAAUCGAUGAAGCUCAAAUUACAAAGUAUUAAGCUGAAUCCCGAUUGCAUUGUGAAGAAAGGCAUUGUAAUUACAGAUGGAAUAAUCGCUGCCUUGAAAAUUCUUAACUCAAGGAAUGUUGUGAUACUAAAAGGUGUAAUUGGGUGUGGAAAAACGUAUGCUUUAAAGGCCAUUCAAAACCACUUUCAAGAAGGAGACUGGGACACAGAAUGGGUAGAAUCUGAGAAUUUCCACAACAAAACCGCAUAUGAAAGACCAACAAUCCUUCUAUGUGAUAAUUUCUUUGGAACAUUUGGGAGUAAUGUAUUUUCACAGGAUGAUGUUGACAAAUCUGAACAGUUUCUUAUAGAAAUUGCAAAUUCUGAACAAACAAAGGUUGUCAUUGUAAUUCACAAGCAUGUUGAUGAUGAAAUCAAGAAAGGUUUAAAACUAAAUUUUCUGAAACAAAAGAAAAUAACAGUGGAUAUGGAUAAACUCUCAGAAGCAGAGACAUUAUUGAUUUUCAAAGAACAACUAAGACGAGGACAUUGUCAAAAAGAAGAUAAUAAUGAUUGUUGGUUUACAACUGUUGGAUUUCAGUCAGUGUUGGAUAAGCUAUCAAAGAACCAAGGUCACAUAGGAGGUCCUUUCCUAAGUCUGAUGUAUUGUAAUCAACACGAGCUUUUUUCUGAUGAAGCCUUUUCUGUCAACCCUGUUCAGACAUUGGUGCAGCACUUCCAAAGAAUGAAACAUGAUUCUCCUACAGAUUACGCUUGUCUUGUUUAUUUGAUGUGUGUCCAAGAGCACAACUGUGAGGAAGAACCAACAGAGUGGGCUGGGCUCAUUAGUGCAGAUAUAUCCAAAUAUGCACUCGCGGAGAUUUUUUCAACUACUGGUUAUGUUCUUUUCGAGACCAAGACAGCAACUCUUGCUCAUGAUAUUUUGACAACUGCUAUAUAUAAAUCAGCAGCAAUGAUGCAUGAAUAUUUAAUAAUAGUUGUGCAGCAAUCUAAAAUUGACAUGCUGCUUCAGCUUUUGAGACCUCCAGGUAGCUCCAAUAAUGAUCUUUCCUGUGAUUUUAUAGAUGUACAUAAAAGUAGAGAGUUUAAAAGAAUUGGAAAGGUGUUUGUCGAAAGAUAUGCCUCCAAAUAUCGAGAACAUGAUAUAAAUGAUAUAUUUCAUCCCUUGCAGACAUUAUAUUUUAUAAGAGAAAAAUACCUUAAAUAUUUAAGGACCCCCGACACCCCGUGAGUUGUAUUUUGUGACAGUACGUCAAAACAUGACAACCCUUGAAAGCACUACUCAGAUAUAAUAUUUUCUAGAAAUGUGGCGAUAACCAUGAAAGAAAAAUAAUAAAAGUACCAUUAUCCGGAUUUUUUUUUCAGAUCUCUUCUUAUUUUUUUUCCUUCAAGACUCAAACUUUGAUCUUUAAUAUCUCGUUCUAUUGUUCACCGUUUUGUCUGAAAUUUUCUGUUCUGAUAGCAUGCCGUGCAAUGUUGUCGUUUCAUUUGAUUGAAACAUCCAUUCGGGUUUGAAUUAUUCCGCAUAUAGUAAAAUUUAUCGGCCAAUUUUACGCCUAGCCUUCUAUUGACUUUACUGACCCCACAAAUUUCUGUAAACAGUCAGUAACGAACCUAAUAAGUGUUUUGUUUUGUCAAGGACCUACAAACAAAAGAUAAUAUAUAACGUUUGAAUUCAUAGCUUAAUUCUUUAAAUUUUUACCUUCCUCGUCAGUUGUUUGUGCAAACCUCGAUGCUAUUGUAAGAUCAUAAUAUUACGUCACGGGCAAAGGGGGGUCACUCUAAAUAUUUUGGGGCUUAAAAAUUAAAGGUAUGGUUGAACGUUUGUGUAAAAAAUCAGCUCAAAUAACGUUACGUCCGCCAUGUUGCCGUUUAAAUUUUGACGCUUUAUAAUAAUCAUAAUGCAUUAAAACUUUUAGAUCUGAAUUGAUUUAGGUAGAUAUCUCAAAGCACAAGUUUUUGUCACGUUACGCGGAUUUUUCACGAUUUCAUCGCAUCUGUGACAUUACUUUUGGAUCACCCCCGGUAAUAUACAUAGUAAGUUUUUGCAGAAACAAUUUUAGUCGGUUUGGCCCAUUUGGUGGGGUGUUGAAAGGGCUUCUUCUAAAACACUGGGUGAUAAAUGCAGAUGAUUC